GUCAGUAUCAUUGUGGUAAACAGUGGGACCAGACAUAAGGACUAGAAAUGUCUGACGAUGAAGAAGCUCCGCUGGUGAAGAAGACCAGGAUCUUCUAUGGCAGUUUGGAGGAGAAGGAGAGGGAGAGGCUGGGACGAGAGGCCUCUGGGUCAGGCAAAGAUUCUGUCAAAGCAGGAAUUGAGGCUGGCAACAUUAACAUCUCCAGUGGUUAGUAUACCAACCACAAACUGUCAACAAACACAAAUCUGUAUUUGAAAACAAUUAUGAAAAGUUUGUGGCGGUAUCAUCUAAUUUAUUAUCUCCUCUCCCCUCAGGUGAGUCCCUUGAGCUUGAGGAACGUGUGAGUGAGCGCCAGUCUGAGGUAUUGGCAGAUUUUGAGCGCAGAAAGAGAGCGAGACAAAUCACAGUAUCCACAGAUGAUGCAGAGGUCAAAGCCUGCUUACGGGCCCUCAGGGAACCAAUCACACUGUUUGGGGAGGGGCCUGCUGAGAGACGAGAGAGGUGAGGGACACAAGCAUGGCUCUGUCCACCCCUUCUAAUAUUUGAAUGUGUGAAUGAACAAUCCACACAUCUGUGACCCUUUGCUGAUGCUUUUACAACAUGUUAACUCGCCAAUUAAAACAGCCGUUUUGAAGAAUUGCCUUAAUGCUUUAACACACUGUAUCGAUAGUUAUAUUUUACUUGCAUUAUGUCCAUCUUUACUCACAAUCUCUCUUCCCCUCUCCCUGCUCAAUUUGUACUUGCUCUCUUUUCCAGGCUAAGGAAUAUCCUCUCUGUAGUGGGUCCAGAUGCAUUGAAGAAAUCUAAGAAGGAUGAUGAGAAAUCCAAACGCUCCCAAGAGGAGGUAUGAUAUGUGGCUUGACUCUCCUAUAUCUUUCUCUCACUACUACAACUUUUACAGUCAGUAUUCAUUCAAUAUGGAGAUACACACAUUUGAUAUAUUCUCCUGUCCCCCUCUUUCAGUGUCAGCAGACGUGGUACCAUGAGGGACCGACCACUCUUAAGGAGGCAAGGCUCUGGUUGGCCAGAUACUCUCUGCCAAGGUACAGCUUUAUUCUAAUGUUGGACCAUAGUUACCAUGAUGACAAUGAUAGUUUCAAAGGUUGUCUUAGAAAACUGAAGGGAAUUGGUUUUUCAGCAAAAUUAUAUUCAUAAAAACAUGUGUGAUGUCUCAACAGGGCCGUGAAAAGGUUAGAAGCCGCCAGAGCUCACAGGGAGAUCCCAGAAUCUACACGAACAGUCCGAACACAAGAACUUCACAAGACACUCAGGGUACGUCCAAAAGCAUGAAAGGACCUGUCUUGUUUGUGAAAAACAGUUGUAGAAUGACAUGAUUUCCUCUGCCUAUCCAGAACCUGAAUAACUUCUGCAGUCAGAUUGGUGACGACAGGCCUAUAUCCUUUUGCCAGUUCAGCCCCAACUCCAAAAUGCUGGUGACUGCAUCUUGGUGAGUCCCCUCUCAGUGUACCGCACAGGCAGCAGUGAGCAUGGUUACAUGCACACAAUAAUACGAUUAUUAUGGAUAGUCCGAUUUAAUGUAGUAGUUUGUUUAAAAUGUUUACGUACUUUGCAAGGAGAACGAUGUCCCUAAUAAUCAUGUUUACAUGGAAAUCAGGCUACUGAUGGAACAUUUGAUAAAUGCAGAAAAUCGCCAAUCAAAAUAAACUUUCUACCACAGUGACCAUUUUUGAUAUUGAGUUUGGACAUAUAACGUUUGUAUGUGAACUCUUUCUAAGAUGCAUACUUUCAGUUUUUCCGAACUCACUUCACUCUCGCAUAAGAGGGAGGCUUGCGCUAGCCUGUGCUGGCAAAUGCGCAGAUCAAAUACAUAGCUGGAACGCUGAUUAAGCUGUUUACGUGUCCUAAUAAUUCAAACGAUUUUUCAGAAAAUCGGGUGUUUUAAUCGGCGUGUGCUUAUUUAGAUUUUGACUUUACGCCAGAUAUGCAUAGUAAAGUGUUUACAUUAGAAUUUCUAUACUCAGCCUACUGCCGUAAUUGGUUUACUAUCAAAUUAUUAGUGUGCAUGUAAACGUACUGAAUGACUUUGGGUGUGUUUUGUAUUUAAAAUGUUGCUAUCAAAAAGGUAUGUGUGACUUUUCCCUCAGUCUUCCUGACUUGUUUUUCUCUCUAGGAGUGGCCUGUGUAAACUGUGGAAUGCUCCUGACUGUACCCUUGUCCGUACCCUUCGGGGUAAGAAGAAUCUCUUAUAUUGCUCAAUCCUUUUCCCCCUUCUUUGCAAAUACUCUUUGCUUGGGCUACUGAAGUCUGUAAUAAUUCUGAAGUAAAAUAAAAGUAUUUCCAAACCUUAUACAGUGAGGGGGAAAAAGGAUUUGAUCCCCUGCUGAUUUUGUACGUUUGCCCACUGACAAAGACAUGAUCAGUCUAUAAUUUUAAUGGUAGGUUUAUUUGAACAGUGAGAGACAGAAUAACAACAAAAAAUUCCAGAAAAACGCAUGUCAAAAAUGUUAUAAAUUGAUUUGCAUUUUAAUGAGGGAAAUAAGUAUUUGACCCCUCUGCAAAACAUGACUUAGUACUUGGUGGCAAAACCCUUGUUGGCAAUCACAGAGGUCAGAUGUUUCUUGUAGUUGGCCACCAGGUUUGCACACAUCUCAGGAGGGAUUUUGUCCCACUCCUCUUUGCAGAUCUUCUCCAAGUCAUUAAGGUUUCGAGCCUGACGUUUGGCAACUCGAACCUUCAGCUCCCUCCACAGAUUUUCUAUGGGAUUAAGGUCUGGAGACUGGCUAGGCCACUCCAGGACCUUAAUGUGCUUCUUCUUGAGCCACUCCUUUGUUGCCUUGGCUGUGUGUUUUGGGUCAUUGUCAUGCUGGAAUACCCAUCCACGACCCAUUUUCAAUGCCCUGGCUGAGGGAAGGAGGUUCUCACCCAAGAUUUGACAGUACAUGGCCCCGUCCAUCGUCCCUUUGAUGCGGUGAAGUUGUCCUGUCCCCUUAGCAGAAAAACACCCCCAAAGCAUAAUGUUUCCAUCUCCAUGUUUGGCGGUGGGGAUGGUGUUCUUGGGGUCAUAGGCAGCAUUCCUCCUCCUCCAAACAUGGCGAGUUGAGUUGAUGCCAAAGAGCUUGAUUCUGGUCUCAUCUGACCACAACACUUUCACCCAGUUCUCCUCUGAAUCAUUCAGAUGUUCAUUGGCAAACUUCAGACAGGCCUGUAUAUGUGCUUUCUUGAGCAGGGGGACCUUGCGGGCGCUGCAGGAUUUCAGUCCUUCACGGUGUAGUGUGUUACCAAUUGUGUUCUUGGUGACUAUGGUCCCAGCUGCCUUGAGAUCAUUGACAAGAUCCUCCUGUGUAGUUCUGGGCUGAUUCCUCACCGUUCUCAUGAUCAUUGCAACUCCACGAGGUGAGAUCUUGCAUGGAGCCCCAGGCCGAGGGAGAUUGACAGUUAUUUUGUGUUUCUUCCAUUUGCGAAUAAUCGCACCAACUGUUGUCACCUUCUCACCAAGCUGCUUGGCAAUGGUCUUGUAGCCCAUUCCAGCCUUGUGUAGGUCUACAAUCUUGUCCCUGACAUCCUUGGAGAGCUCGUUGGUCUUGGCCAUGGUGGAGAGUUUGGAAUCUGAUUGAUUGAUUGCUUCUGUGGACAGGUGUCUUUUAUACAGUUAACAAGCUGAGAUUAGGAGCACUCCCUUUAAGAGUGUGCUCCUAAUCUCAGCUCGUUACCUGUAUAAAAGACACCUGGGAGCCAGAAAUCUUUCUGAUAGAGAGGGGGUCAAAUACUUAUUUCCCUCAUUAAAAUGCAAAUCAAUGUAUAACAUUUUUGACAUGUGUUUUUCAGGAUUUAUUUGUGCAUCCUUAUCAUCUUGUGUUGUUCUCUUUCCCUCCCCUCAGGCCACAACACCCACGUGGGGGCCAUCUGUUUCCAUCCUCAGGCCACUCUGACUCUGGACGACUCUGAUGUUAACAUGGCCUCCUGUGCUGCCGACGGCUCCGUCAAACUCUGGAGUCUGGACAGGUCUGCUCUGAUUGCUAUCAUACUGUGUGUCUGUCUUUAUCUCCAUCUGUCAAAUAAGGGAGACUACCUAAUGGUUAAUAAAAUAUUAUUCCGGAAAAAAGGGUGAGGGGUCGACAAAAGCAGUGUAGGUUUUUCCCAAAUGUUCGUCAGGUAUCAUCAUAAACCAUAGCUGAGGUUGUGGAGUUAGUUGUGAAAUGAAUGGUGGUGAUUUAAAAUGCAUGUCGAUGUUUUGUGACCAUGGUGACCCCUCUCUUUACAGUGAUGUACCUGUAGCUGACAUCGAGGGCCACUCCAUGAGGGUGGCAAGAGUAGCCUGGCACCCCUCUGGAAGGUUCCUGGGCACCACCUGGUGGGUGAAUUUAUUCUGAAGCAUUAUUUAACCCCGGCACGUCAGUUGAGAACUCCAGGCAAUACAAUAAAAACGAAACAUGAUCACUUGUACCAAAUGUCUCAACCAUAGAAAUGGAUCAAUCGUACUCUGGCCAGACUUGAUUUGUUCAAAUUGAAUCUGAAGUGGGGCUUAAUCCUCUCUCCUUGGCAGUUAUGAUAAUUCAUGGAGGCUGUGGGACCUGGAGGCCCAGGAGGAGAUCCUGCACCAAGAGGGACACAGUAAAGGAGUCCAUGACAUGCAAUUCCACCCUGAUGGAUCUCUGGCAGCUACUGGGUAAGAUCUCACUGGAUAUGCUAUGAAAGUCAAUGUCAGUCAAUGUCAUUGAAAGUCAAUGUCAGUUGAAAGUCAAUGUCCUCUGUAGCUCAGCUGGUAGAGCACGGCGCUUGUAACGCCAAGGUAGUGGGUUCGAUCCCCGGGACCACCCAUACACAAAAAAUGUAUGCACGCAUGACUGUAAGUCGCUUUGGAUAAAAGCGUCUGCUAAAUGGCAUAUUAUUAUAUUAUUAUUGUCAAUAUUUGUUUACAAUACGUCAUUAUUAUUUUAUUUAUUUUAUUUGUUUUAUUUUAUUUUUUUGUCAUUUAGCAGACGCUCUUAUCCAGAGCGACUUAUUGGAGAUACUGUUGAAGAUAUCCCUGAAGCGUAAUUAAUUUCUGUGUUCUCUUUUGGUUUUCCCUGCACAUGCUGUUGCAAUGGAUGUUGCCAGCAAAUCUAGCAAAUGGCGGGUGACUUUUGUAGAGUAUUAACCCAUUAUUUUUUACAACAAACCUUGGCUUCAGAUAACUGUGAUCUCAGUGCCCUCCCCAAAACUAAGAUAUUAUCUAGAAAAGGCUUUAAUCAACCCCGUAAUUGAAGUGCCGUCAGGUCAUAGAGCAGAUCUAGAUUAGCCUAUUAAAGGGAGUGGUCGCUAUAGUAAAACAAUGGUCUGAUUUAAUAGUCUGUUUUAAUGAAGGCUAGUAGAUGUCCACCCAGUUAUCUCAAUUAGAGGCUUGGCAGAACAAGAGCCUCUCAGUGGCUGGCUUGGUCUGAAUCAUACAGGGAUGUUCCCUUCAUCUCCCUUCGUCAUAAUAACAUGCUGCCUUACACACACACACACACACACACACACACUACUCUUUCAGUGCACAUUGAUCUCAUGCAUAUAAUCAACUCAAUCUACUACCUGAACAAUUUGGAGGACUGAGAAGGUUUAGCAGCUCGUUCUGUGCUGUUAUAACUGGUUAUAACCUCCUAAAUGAAAAUGAAGGCAGAUGCGACAAACCGGCUACAUGUGACACAUUAGAGCUGACGUUGUGUUUGUGUACAGAUGUAUCUUUUUGUUUGUUGUAAAGCAUCUUGACUGGUGCAAUUCAGCACAGAAUGAUUUACAGUAGAAAGAAUGACAGAUCCCUAUUUAGCCCUCAUCAUCUGUACUGUUGGUUGAAUCCUAGUUUGCUUCACUACACAAUAUUCAUCUCUCUUUCUCAGGGGUCUGGAUUCAUUUGGGCGUAUUUGGGACCUUCGGACCGGGCGCUGUGUGAUGUUCCUGGAGGGCCACCUCAAAGAGAUCUACAGCAUCGACUUCUCUCCCAACGGGUAAAUGACAUGGAAGAUACUGUGUUAUUCAUAUCUUAUGGAUAGGGCCAGAUAUUCCUGAACAUGUGAUCUAGAACUACAGCCCAGAGUUAUUCAAUGAUGAAGAAAAACUCCUGGCCCUACUUAUUGAUGAUGAUAAGCAGGAGGGUGUUUAUAGGUCCACUAAUGAAACCAUCUUCUCCUCCGUUUAGCUACCACGCAGCAACAGGAAGUGGGGAUAACACCUGUAAGGUGUGGGACCUUCGUCGCAGGAAGUGCAUCUACACCAUCCCCUCCCAUCAGAACCUGGUGUCCUCUGUCAAAUUCCAGCGUGAGUUUCUCCAGGUCCCAGAGGCCUCCUUUAAUUAAGCAAUUGAGUAAUCACAGGGUUGAAAGUUCUGUCACUGCGACGGAUUUCCGUCAUAUGGAUGACACAUUAGGUUAGAAUGUCUAAAACUAGAUAGAAAGUAUGUAGAAAUGAUAAUGGACCUAUACAUUUUCAAAUAACUGCCCUUUUUCUGGCCCGCAAAUCGAUUUUGACAAACAAAUCAGACAUAAAAACAUAUGUGCAGCCCUACGUUGAAUUUUGAAAUUCCAAAUGUUGCCCUCAAGCCAAAAAGUUUAGAGAUCGACUUUAGUUUCAGCCAUGGGAUAUUUUUUGCAACAGCUCAAUCUAUCACACACACUUUUGGAGGACUGAGAAAGUUUAGCGGCUUGUUCUGUGCUGUUAUAACUGGUUAUAACCUCCUAAAUGGAAAAUAAGGCAGAUGCAAUAACCGGCUCUAUAAGACACUUAAGAACUGAUGUUGUGUUUGUGAACAUAAUUUUGGACUUUUAAUAACAAUGUCUUAACCUUUCAAAAAGUCUGAACUCUAAGUCUAGCUGGAUAAAAAAAAGCAGUUCAUAUGCAGAGUUUGAGUUGUAUCUUUCUGUUGCAAUAUUUCUGUGUUCACAUUUCCCUCCAUCAAUCUCCCUCUCUUAGCCAAUAAUGGUCACUUCCUCCUGACCGGGGCCUAUGACAACACAGCCAAGGUGUGGACCCACCCGGGCUGGUCCCCCCUGAAGACCCUGGCGGGCCACGAGGGCAAGGUGAUGGGCGUGGACAUGUCCCCUGACGGACAGCUCAUCGCCACCUGCUCCUACGACCGCACCUUCAAGCUCUGGAUGUCAGAGUGAGGAGGAGAGGAAGGACCACCCAUAGAAAUACCCAUAGAAAUAGAAUGAAUUUCUAUGGUACUAACUGUAACCAUACCUGUACUACCAUAGAAAUAGAAUGACAUUCUAUUUCUAUGGUAAUACCUGACUGUCAUUCCAUGCAAAUAGAAGAAUGUUGAACCAAGAUCUGCAAAAUAACUUCUCGAUUGAUUGAUUAAUCUGAACAUCCUAAAUAUUCUGAAUUUGUCUGAUUGACAUUUAGUAGAUGGUUCAAUUAUUAUUGAACAACAACAUUUGAGGCUGUUGAUGUUGUCUACAACUUUGAAGU